GAAAAAAUUAGAGUUUUGUUCAAGGAUAUGCCAAUUAUUGCUAAGCCAGUAAUGAACAAAUCGCUCGAUGGUAGUAACGUGGAUUCAUACAAUCAUAUCCGCUAUGUGUCUAUACAGCAAUACUUUCAAAACCGAUUGGAAGGUUUGAAAAAACACGAGGCAGCUAAGAAAUCAGCAAAUUCUCUUUGGCCCAAUUGCUCCAAAUUUUACAGACAUAAAGCAAUUAUCAAGUGGGCAAAUGAAUACCUUGAAAAUCAAGUCUUGUCCAACCAUAGUCAAGGUGUUCAUGCUAAACGUGUCUCUUUCUUAGCUGAUAACGACGUUAAGACCAAGGUUUUGGAUAUGAUCAAGAAGACUACUGCCAAUUACAGAACAGUAGAUAAUAUUAAAAAAUUUAUCGACGAGGACGUUAUUCCUGCCACUCUCGGUGUUACUGGAAGCGUUGGUAAAACUACGGUGGCCAGAUAUCUUUACGAAUGGGGCUAUUCUUACCGUAAAAACAAAAAGGCUAUUUUUUUCGAUGGUCACGAGAGACCUGAUGUCGUCGAAUAUAGACAAGCUUGGAGUAAACGCAUGAAAAAAUACAUGGAGCGCUCUGAAUUUUACCAAGAUGACAACCAAGAAGAGGUGUUGGAACCUGUUUUGAAUGAUGGUGAAAAGAAGAUUGUUUUUGUAACCCACGAUGAAAGCACUUUUUAUGCAAACGAUGGAAAAAGCGACUUCUGGCUUACUAGCGACGAAAACUACAUUCGUAAAAAAGGGCCUGGAUCUUCCAUCAUGAUCAGUGAGUUCCAGUGCCCUUGUCAUGGAACGAUGAAGAGUGGCGCUUGGACCUCAAGAAGGUACUUUAAGGCCGGUGGUGAUAGAGAAGGUUGGUGGACCUAUAAACACAUGGUCGAGCAGCUCAAAGAUGACGCAAUUGAGCUUUUUGAGCUGCUCCAUCCCAAUUGCGUUGGUGUAUUUUUGUUUGACAACAGCUCAAACCAUUCCGCAUUUGCUGAGGAUGCUCUGGUUGCCUCAAGAAUGACAUUGAAGGAGAAGAUAUGGCCAGUAACUGAAAAAUUUCAGUUUCGUCCUACGACAGUUACAUUGACUAGCGGAGAGGUUUUAAAGCAGGACUUUUUUUUUGAGAAGGUGAGUACCCUAAGAGACAGAAAGGGGAAAACAAUUACUCGUAAAGAAAGGUACUUUAAAGGUAUUCGCAAUAUUCUUGCUGAAAGAAAGCAAUGGUUCGGUGCUGAUUUAGAGGGGAAGGAUUGGAAGGUGGAUUGCAAGAAUCCUUUCCCGGGCAGAAAAUCUAUGUGCUGUGCUAGGCAUUUUUUAGCCAGUCGUCCAGAUUUUCUUGCCCAAAAAACGGCGCUUCAAGAGACAGUGGAGAAGGCGGGUCACAUCUUUGAACUCUACCCCGAGUACCAUUGUGAAUGUAAUUGGAUUGAGAUGUAUUGGGGUGGAGCUAAAAGAGAGGCUCGUCUUCAUUGUGAUUACACAUUCAAAUCACUUGAGCCCAAAAUUCCCGGGUUUUUGGACAAGGCUGGAGAUGUCGCCAAAAUCAAACGGUAUUUUCAGCGAUGCAUGAAUUAUAUUGAUGCCUACAGCAAGUGUGACGACGGUAGAGAGGUGGCUGGUGAUGUUUACAAAUUUGUAACCAAAAGUUACCUUUCACAUCGAAAGUUUCUAGGAGUCAAAAGCACACUUAAAAACUAUUCCAAAUUGGAUUCAAAGGCGCGUGCAGAAUUGGAGAAAGCUCAUAAGAAUAAUGAUGACCUCAAUGAUAUUGCCAAUAUAAAAGAAGCUAUUCCAAAUUUAAACGUAGGAAUCAAAGAGUCUAAAACAAAGCAGGCACGUCUAAGCCGUUUACUUCUUCCAUUGGAAAAACUUAGAAUGGAUCAAGCAAGAAACAUUGAAGAAAGAGGCAAGGAUAAAUGGGACGAGGAGAAUAAUACAACGACCUUAAAGAAGCAAGAGCUAAUUCCUCAGCCAGCAGACAAUAUAAACAAGGAAGUCAUUUCAGAUGAAGAUAUAAAAUCUUUAGCAAAAGGAGAAAUUGCAGUCCAAGGAAUAGACCCAGGGGUAGUGGCUAUUGGUUCAUUUAAAGACGCAUCAAGCUCUUUACUGUUUGAAAGUAUAAACAGAUAUACUGCUUUAAAGAACUUGGAUCCAGUAGAAUCUGCUACAAACGAAAAACAAACAAGAACAACAUAG